AUGCAGUGGGAUUUCGAGAAUCUGAUGGACACGAUCAACAGCACCUACGGAAUGGGGUUUGACGUCACGGGAUAUGGCUCUCGCAUGAACUAUACUAGACCAUUUGGCGGGCCAGAAAACAUUGUGCUGCUGUAUGAUGGCGCAUGCGCCUCGACAUGUACGCUCUUCUCGCAGUUUAUGAAGCGGGAUGCAGGCGUCAAAAGCAUCGCAAUGGGAGGGCGACCCGAAAUCGAGGACAGGAUUCAGGGCACAGGCGGAGUCAAAGGUUCGCAGACAUACUCAUUCGGAAGCAUCCACGGUUAUACUCAGAUCGCAAAGCGGAUGACCAACGACACUUCUCUGAUUGCUGAGUUAAGUCGUUUCACCACCUACGUCCACUCGCGUGCCUCAUCGACCAGCAUCAACGUCAAAGACGAGAUUCUCCAUGAGAAUUGGGAAGACGGCAUCCCGGCUCAGUUCAUCACCGAAAAAUCUGAUUGCCGCUUAUACUGGCAGGCCGAUAUGCACCAGGACAUGACCAAUCUAUGGAAAGCUGCCGCUACCGCUGCCUUCAAAGGCGGCAAGUGCGCUUUUGGAGCCAUCGACUACUCGGAGACGGCAACCACCAAAAAGCGUGGUAGUACUCAGCGGCCACCUUUCACGCGCCCUCGUAUCCAACUCCGAAAGGAAAAGGGACCGACGCAUGCACCUUUGGCCAAAUGGGAUGCUGAAGGAUCCAGCUUGUGGACUUUCCGGGCCAAUCAUUACAUGUUCGCCGAAAAUUAG